UGUUUGAUUUUAACAAAUUUAUUCAAACUGAUUUUCUUUGUAUACCGCCUUCGUAUAAAUUGCCGUCAUGGGAGACAUACAACCAGAAAUAAAUUCAAAUACAACCGCCCAAUCAUUUGAGGGAGAAAUAUCGAAUAAACUACCAAUACAAGAAUGUUUAAACCAGGAACAGAAUGAUAUGAAUAGCCAAAUGCCGACUCCGGAUGUCCCAAAUUCUUUGGUGAAUGAACCGAAUCAGAGAGAAAGUAAUCUCUGCGUUCGCUGUAAAGGCAAUUGCAAAAAAGCAUGCAUUGCUGCAGGCCGCCCAGAAUCUGCCAGAGCCGCUGAACAAGUAGUCAAUGGAGAUUCAGACUCUGAUAUAGCUGAGGACUAUGUACGUAACCAAUCAUCACAACCAGAAGACAACUCUCCAGGACGCCGUUUAACAGAAAUUGAACAGGAAGAACUAGUGGAAAAUCGACGAAUGCCCUUUGAUUAGUUGCUGAUCAAUCGAAAGCAGAAUCGGGAAACAAAUCGGACAAACAACAAAUAAAUAGCAUAUUUUGAAAAACAAAUGGAAUAUAUAUAUAUGUAGUAAUAGAACAUUUUUUAAUGUAAUUCUGUAAUUUAACGAACUAGAAUUGCCUCGUUGUUGUUAAUUGUUUGCUUACACGACUGAUUACAUUAGGACGUAUGACCUAAAACUGCAAAGUUUGGUGACGAUUAAGGAUUACUAAAUCAUAUGCGCAA